GGUGACAAAGUACCAGCAGAUAUUCGGAUAAUUGACAUACACAGCACAACUUUGCGCGUUGACCAAUCCAUCCUCACGGGCGAGUCGGUCUCGGUGCUGAAACAAGCUGAUGCCAUCGCGGACCUGCGAGCUGUCAAUCAGGACAAAAAGAACAUGCUGUUUAGUGGAACUAACAUUGCUUCCGGCAAAUGCAGUGGCGUUGUUGUUGCCACCGGUCUGUCAACUGAAAUCGGAAAGAUCAGAAACCAGAUAAUGCAGACGGAGCAAGAGAAAACCCCACUUACUCAGAAAUUGGAUGAAUUUGGCGCGAUCUACUACUUCAAAAUUGCAGUUGCACUAGCUGUUGCUGCUAUCCCCGAGGGUCUCCCUGCGGUCAUUACCACUUGCCUAGCUCUUGGCACACGGAGGAUGGCUAAGAAAAAUGCCAUCGUGCGUUCUUUGCCCUCGGUGGAGACUCUUGGUUGCACCAGUGUUAUCUGCUCUGACAAGACGGGCACUCUGACGACCAAUCAAAUGACAGUAUGCCGGAUGUUUACCUUUACUCAAAAUGAGGAUACCGGAACCCCCGGAGGUGAUGGAAAGUCGGUCGUCGACUUUGAUGAAUACGAAAUUACCGGAUCCAAGUAUGCUCCUGAGGGUGAAGUGUAA